AUGUCCACAAACGAUACGAAUACGAAUACUAAUUCUCCUUCUGGUAGUUAUUCAGGGAAACACCCGAAAUACCGUGGGGUGAGGCAAAGAAGAAGCAGUGGAAAAUGGGUAUCAGAAAUCCGAGAGCCCAAAUCGCCUAAUCGAAUUUGGCUUGGUACAUUUGCAACUGCUGAAAUGGCGGCUGUGGCGUAUGAUGUUGCGGCAUUGGCACUCAAAGGUGUUGAUGCUGAGCUUAAUUUCCCUGAUUCAGCUGCUUCAUUGCCUGUUCCAGCUUCUUCUGCUCCUCGUGACAUUCAAGCGGCUGCGGCUGGUGCGGCUGCAGCUGCCGGAGCAGCAAUGGAUGCGUUUAUGGGCAGUCUUGGUGACAGUCAUGGUGCUGGUGGUGGUGUUGGUGUUGGUGUUGGUGGUAGUGAAAUGGUUACAUUUGAGCCACCAGUGAAUAUUGGAGGGGGUGCGUUUGUGGAUGAAGAUUUGAUAUUCGAUAUGCCGAAUGUUCUAGCAAAUAUGGCCGAAGGGAUGCUUCUUAGCCCUCCACGGAUCGAUUUUGUUUGCGACGAGAACACAACGGGAAACUCUUUGGACAACUUGUGGAAUCUUUAG